UUACCCGACCGACCCCGCAUCCUCCCCGCACUCGGCCGGAGCACCUAGCCAGCUUCGGCAGUGGCUGACGUGUCGCGUUCCCUCCCCUCCCUCCAUCUCCCGCCACUUCCCCGCGCCAUUUCCCGCCACCCACCUCCACUAUUUGAUCCCCUACCCCAGAAAUCCCUCCGCAAAACCCUAAACCCCGGAGGAAAACGAGCAACCAUCCUCCCUUCUCCGCCAGCCCUCCAAUGGCGUCGCGCCGCCUGAGCAACGGCCGCUCCCCUCUCGUGCGGAAGCAGAGCCAGAUCACCUCCUUCUUCUCCACCCCCUCGCCCUCCUCCUCCGCCUCGAAGUCCGCCGCAAAACCUACGCCGUCGCCCUCCUCCACCCCGAAGUCCGAUGCAAAGCCCUCGCCGUCGCCCUCCUCCUCCGCCCCGAAGCCCGCUGCAAAACCAUCGCCGUCGCCCCUGAACCCUAAGGCGAGGAAGCCCCCUCUCGUGGUGCCUUCCCCUUCCCCUCCCAAGUCGGCGCCGCCAGCACCGCAGCAGCAGGGGCAGGAUGAGGAGAAGAAGGAGCAGAAUGCUUCGGCGGCGCCUGCGGGAGAGGCCGUGGGGAGGCGGCUGAGGGUGUACUGGCCGCUGGACGACGCCUGGUAUGAGGGCAGAGUGGAUGAUUACGACGAAGGCUCGCGGCGGCACCGCGUGAAGUACGACGAUGGGGAGGACGAGGAGGUCGACCUCAGGAAGGAAAAAUUCGAGUGGGCCGCGGAGGAGGCAACACCACCGCCAGCGAGGAAGCUGCGACGUCUCAGGCGGAUGUCUGAUACCGCAAACGCGAAGUCGCUGGCUGGGCUGGAAGACGAGGAGAUUGGGGAUUCCCCUGAGGACGGGGACUGGAAGAAGGACGCCGAGGAAGUGGAGUUGGAUGAUGAAGAGGACGAGGCGGUCAGUUCGCGAAAGGGGAAGUCAAGGAACUCCUUGUCUAUGUCAGCGUCAACACCACGGUCAACGUCUGGCCUGGCCUCCACAUCAUCAGGGUCAACGGUGUUAAAGAAGAGGAAAAAAGUGGAUGUGGGUACAUUGGAUUGCGCUAAAAAGUUCAGCUUUCAACUAGCUAGCACCCCUGAAAAAGUUGAAUUAAAAGUGCCAAUGAGCUGUGACGGGAGGGAGAAAAUUUUAGAGAAUGCUCACACUGUUCUUACUGGAGAGCUGGCUGAGCGCUUUGGUCAGCGCCAGGCGGAAAAGUUCAAAUUCCUUGGGGAUGGGCGCAAAGAUGCAAAAGGGAGACGGCCUGGACACCCAGCCUAUGAUCCAAGAACUCUCUCCUUGCCUCCCCAGUUCUUGGCGAACUUGACAGGCGGACAGAGACAAUGGUGGGAAUUUAAAUCACAGCAUAUGGAUAAGGUUCUGUUCUUCAAGAUGGGCAAAUUCUAUGAACUGUAUGAGAUGGAUGCCCAUGUUGGGGCAAGGGAGCUUGAUCUUCAGUACAUGAAGGGUGACCAACCUCAUUGUGGCUUCCCAGAGAAGAACUUAUCAGUGAAUUUGGAGAAACUAGCUCAGAAGGGUUACCGCGUUCUAGUUGUAGAGCAGACCGAAACACCGAACCAGCUUGAACUCCGCCGUAAAGAGACGGGCACAAAAGACAAGGUUGUGAGGCGUGAAAUAUGUGCAAUGGUCACAAAGGGAACACUAACAGAAGGAGAAUUCCUUCUGGCAAACCCAGAUCCGUCAUAUAUAUUAUCUGUGGCUGAAAGUUAUCAACAUAGUUCAAAGAAGAGUCAAGAUGGUCAUACAAUCGGUGUUUGCAUAGUUGAUGUUUCUACAAGCAAAUUUGUUGUUGGACAGUUCCAAGAUGACGCUGAACGCCAUGUGUUGUGUUCUAUUUUGUCUGAAAUAAGACCCGUGGAAAUCAUAAAGCCAGCUAAGAUGUUGAGUCCAGAAACUGAGAGGGCACUGAAAAACAAUACUAGAGAUCCUUUGAUAAAUGAUUUGCUUCCAUCUACGGAAUUUUGGGAUGCAGAGAAGACUAUUCAUGAGAUAGAGCAGUACUACAGCUCAUCGGAUAAGCUUACUACAUCACAAAACACUCCUGGUGUACAAAACAAUGUGGGCUGUCUGCCUGCCCUGUUAAGUGAGCUAAUUGGAGCUGGUGACAGAGCAUAUGCACUUUCUGCUCUGGGAGGUUCCUUAUUUUAUUUAAGGCAAGUCCUUCUGGAUAAGAAAUUGAUUCCAUGUGCUGAGUUUGAGCCCCUUACAUGCUCGGGGCUCCUCAACAAUACGCGGAAGCAUAUGAUAUUCGAUGCAGCAGCACUUGAAAAUUUGGAGAUUUUAGAGAAUGCAACUGGUGGCCUCUCAGGGACUUUGUAUGCACAAUUGAAUCAUUGUGUUACGGGAUUUGGGAAAAGGUUGCUCAAACGGUGGAUUGUAAGGCCUUUGUAUGACAGCAAAGCAAUACUACAGCGUCAAGGUGCUAUCGCUAUUUUCAAGGGUGUUGGGCAUGAAUGCGCUAUCCAGUUCCGUAAGGAUUUAUCUAGGCUCCCAGACAUGGAGCGUCUGCUUGCACGCCUUUUCUCUAGCUGUGAUGAAAAUGGGAGAAGUUCAAAGUCAGUUGUUCUUUAUGAAGAUGUAUCAAAAAGACUGCUUCAGCAGUUCACUUCUGCUCUUCGUGGUUGCCAGCAAAUGUUCCAAGCAUGUUCUUCUGUCAGGAUGUUGACAGGCACAGAGGGGUCAUGUCUACUAAAUGAUUUGCUUUCACCAGGCAAAGGAUUACCAGAUGUAUCGUCUAUUUUAGAUCACUUCAGGGAUGCAUUUGAUUGGUCAGAAGCUGAUCAUAAUGGUCGGAUCAUACCCCAUGAAGGUUGUGAUCCUGAAUAUGACGCCACUUGCUCUGCCAUAGAGGAGAUUGAAUCCAGUCUAAAAGAAUACCUGAAAGAGCAAAGGGAGCUACUGGCAGACUCAUCGGUGAAGUAUGUGGAUGUUGGAAAAGAUACAUACCUUAUUGAAGUGUCUGAGAGCCUGGGAGGUUCUGUUCCUAGGAACUAUGAGUUGCAGUCUACAAAAAAGGGCUUCUACCGGUACUGGACACCAGAAGUAAAAGAGCUAAUAUCAGAACUUUCUAAGGCUGCAGCAGGCAAAGAAUCAAUAUUGAAAGGCAUUCUUCAGAAGCUAAUUCAUCUCUUUGUUGAGCAUCACAGCAAGUGGAGACAGUUAGUUUCUGUAGUUGCUGAGAUUGAUGUUUUGAUUAGUCUUGCUAUCGCGAGUGAUUAUUUUGAGGGGCCAACUUGCCGUCCAACUAUCAGAGAAUCAUAUGGUUCAGAUGAUACUCCUACUUUCUAUGCAAGAAAUCUUGGACACCCAAUUAUUCGAAGUGAUUCAUUAGGCAAGGGUUCUUUUGUGCCCAAUGACAUCAAGAUGGGUGGGCCUGGCAAUGCCAGCUUUAUUGUUCUUACAGGUCCAAAUAUGGGUGGUAAAUCAACUCUUCUGCGUCAAGUUUGUCUUACCAUAAUAUUGGCACAGAUUGGAGCAAAUGUUCCGGCAGAAAACUUUGAGUUUUCUCUUGUUGACCGCAUCUUUGUUCGCAUGGGAGCAAGGGACCAUAUUAUGGCUGGCCAAAGUACAUUCUUGGUGGAGCUCAUGGAGACUGCUUCUGUGCUUUCGUCAGCUACCAAGAAUUCUCUUGUGGCUUUAGAUGAGCUUGGGCGGGGCACAUCAACUUCUGAUGGACAAGCUAUUGCGGCAUCUGUUCUAGAAUAUCUAGUUCAUCAUGUGCAAUGUCUAGGCUUGUUUUCUACGCACUACCAUAGAUUAGCAGUGGAACAACAGGAUAUCAAGGUAUCACUUUGUCAUAUGGCAUGCGAAGUAGGUAUGGGAGAAGGAGGUUUGGAAGAAGUGACUUUCCUUUAUAGGUUAACAGCUGGUUCAUGUCCUAAAAGCUACGGCGUAAAUGUUGCUCGAUUAGCAGGAAUACCUGCAUCAGUGCUUCAAAGGGCAAAUCAGAAAUCAAAUGAAUUUGAGGCCAAUUAUGGGAAGCAACACUUCGCGACUAAAGAUAAGUUUGUAUGUGCACUGAGGGAGGACAAUUUCGCUACCAUUAAGGAUUUGUUCCGUGUUGUGAAGGCAGGGAAUCAUCAAGAAGGUCAGGUGGCAAGCUUAAGUAUGCUUCGUGAAAUACAGAAGCUUGCCAGGGUGCAGGCUAUAAAAGGAUAAUCAAUUACAUGGUCCGUUUAAUCAAGAGAUUUACCCAAUUUUUUGCCAAAUUGCUGGCCUUUUUGGAUUGUCAUCAUUUUGAGGAUGCCGUGUUGUCUUGGGCUCAUGGAAGUUUCUUGAAUCUUCUGAUUUGCAAGCCCAUAUAAAGAACUGGGGCAGGUCAUGGUUGUACCAUGGAUUCAGAUGUGCCAGGACAUACAUCGAGCUUAGUAUCCCUUCAAAAGUUGCCCGCGCCCUCAAAUUCAGGUACCAAAGGCCAAGGAUGUUCAUCUAUCCUGCAUAAUGUUGAAGCCCAGGAGAGUGCUUAGUUUAGCAAUGACCAACUGAACCACUAGAGGGGAAGAAAUUUCAUUGUAACGUGAGUUGUGCGAAUACUUUCCCAGUUAUUAAUUAUAGGUUAGAUGGCCACGGUGGUGCAUAUAUGGUUACUCGAAAUCUAACUACUUCUGCCAGCUAAUCUAUUGUUUUGCCAUUCACUCAAGCAUUUCACUCUAA